CAAAGUACGAAAUGACAGAAUGAAAAAGGAAGUGGAGAAAAUAAUUAUGAAAACCAGAGAAGAGCAGGAAGCACUUAUGAUACUAGGUGACUUCAACGGACACAUUAGUGGACUGGGAAAGCAAAAAGAAGAUGACAAUGGAAAAACAGUUCUUGAAUGGAUGAAUGAUCAUGCACUAAUUUUACUAAACAUGGAUGAAAGAUGCAAGGGACAGAUAACAUGGCAGAGAAAAGAACAGCAAAGUGUGAUUGAUUUUGUAAUAGUAAAUGAUAAAUGUUACAAAUGGUUUGAAGAAAUGAACAUAGAUGAAGACAGAGAAAAGUUUGAUCUCUCAGAUCACAAUAUGAUCACUGUGAGCAUGAGGCUACCAGAUGGUAAGAAUCUCAAUUUCUCCCAGGGGAAAGAAAAAACAGUAGAAUACUACAAGACUGAUGAAGAGGCACUGAAAGAGUUUGCAGAGGAAGUAUGCAGAAGGGUACAAGAUGAAGAGAUGCAAACAAUGGAGAUGUUAAAUAGAACUAUGCAAAAUACUGCAGAAGACAAGCUAAAAGCCAGAUAUAUAAGGAGAGUUCUGAACUCACAAGUACAAGUGAAAGAACCUCCAUGGAUGACAAAAGAAAUAAAAAAAGAAAUCAAGAAAAGAAAAGAAAUAAACAGGAAAAAGCGAAAUGCCCAAUCUCAGGAAGAAGUCGAGGCAUUGGAAAUAUUGUAUCUGAAACAGAAAAGACAUGUACAAUCCCUGAUCAAGGAGCAGAUGGGUAUACAUGAGAAGAAGAUAACCAAUGAAAUAAAAUGCAGCACAAACAAAAGCAAAGCUCUAUGGAAGAACAUUGAUAGCCUAAGGAGAAGGGAUUUAAAAAAGAAUGAGGAAACAAACCUGUUCACCUCAGAUGGACAAAAGCUGGGGAAAAAAGCAGAAAAGGAAGAACUUAUAAGAUAUUGGAAGACUGUAUACCAAAAGCAUGCAAAUGAUAUAAGUCAGAUAUGGAAUGAAGAAAGCAAAAAUGAAUAUAUCAGAGCAUUAGAGAAUGAGGAGCAAUCUAGCAAUGUCAGAAGACCACUACAAGAUCAUGAAGAGAUGGCCCAAACUGCUACCAGAGGCCUGGAGCCUGACGUAUGGGGUGGUCGCAAGAAGUUGCAACAAACUGCUGAUAGGGAAAACCUUCUGGAAGAGCCUUGCUCUGCCAUCCAUAUUAUAUGGUGUCAAUAUAUUCCACGUAACAGAAGAAGAGGUCAAGAAGCUGGAAGUUAUAGAAAACGGAGUAUAUCGGCAGAUACUUGGUGCACCGAAAUACACAGCCAACUGUGCCCUCCGAGGUGAAAUUGGAGCUUCGGCGAUGAAAACAAGAGUAAUCAAAGGACAUCUACAGUAUGUUAGAAGCACUCUACAAGGAAAUAACCAACUAUUGAAGGAAGUGAUAGAAACUCAAUUAGAAGAAAAGGGUACGAAAUGGGCGAGGAUGAUUAUCACACACUUAGAAACCCUAAAUCUAAACCAAGGCGACCUUAGAAACAUGAAGAAAGAAGAACUAAAUAAGAAGAUGAUUAGUUGGGACGAUAAAAGAUGGAAAGAGGAAGUAGAGACUAAAACAAGUUUGAAGGUAUACAAGAGAUGGAAGCUGAAGAUAAAAGAGGAUGAUGUUUAUGACAACACCCCGCAAUCAAGAAUCCUCUUUCAAGCGAGGACGGAUACUCUCCCUCUGAACGCAAGGAAGAAGUUUACUAAAGAAAGAACGAACUGUGCCUUGUGUGAAGCGGAAAAUGAAGAUAUUAAUCAUUUCUUGCUAGAAUGUCCAAUAUUAAAUGAAGUUAGGGUGAAUCAUCGUGAAUUACAACAGCCAUACUUGGAAGACAAAGAAGAAGUUAUAAUGAGAUUUCUAUUUGAUAAGGAAAGAAGGAAUAUGGAAGAAAAGAAACAGAUUUUGUACAGCAUGUGGACCCUAAGAACUAAAAGGCAAAAAGAGCUCAAUACUUGUUAAGCACCCCGUACCAACUCAUAGCGCGAUAGUUUAAGUUAAAGUUUAAAAAGAAAAGGAGGAGCCGUUGCAAAGGCAAUUCCUCAAAACCGUCAAGUUCAAGU